AUGUCCCAACAGCAAUCCCCCAACUACGAGGCUUUCAACAGCCACGAGUAUUCGAAACAUACUGCCCUUGACUUCCUUUCAUUCACCUCUCCAUUGGACAUUGUCGCCCCCUCCCCUGAUCUGUUUGAGACCGAACUCGAUUCAAACCUCGAGGGCUUAGACGAUUCCCAGAUCCCUUUCUUCACCGUCAAUUCCAGCGACGCCUUCAGUAUCUUGAGGUCCGAAAACCCCACGUGCGGUCCUCCCUCCACUAUCACCGUAUCCAGCGAAUCGGCGUAUGACUCGCCGCACUCGACCUACUCGGAUCCGUACUACAAUAACUACGCUGGAUCCAAUUACUGUGGCUCAGCAUAUUCCCUAGCUGACUUCAACGAAGUUGACAUGCAGCGAAUCAAUCUCAACGCCUACGACUUCGCCCCCAGCCCAGCGACUGUGGAUCCCACUUCGUUUGGGACUCUGCCCUUGACGCCGCCCACCAGUCCUCCAGCGCCGGGUCGGGUGACUAAGGCAACAUACGAGAAAUACAUCCCCCGUAGUUUUUCAGACUACACACCAAGCACCCGUGAUGCGGCAGAUUUCUACCCUUCGCCCUACCGUACCCAGUCGACGGUGUCACCGACCCAUAUCUCUGCCCAGCUGCCCACUCUUCCCGACAAGGCUGAGGAAGCGGGCAAGGGAGAUGACCCCCGCCGCAAAUACAAAUGCAAUGUUUGCUCUCGUGCUUUCGCCCGAGCCUUUAACUUGAAGACCCACAUGUCUACUCAUGACCCGAACAGGUCUAAGCCAUACACCUGCUCUCAUCGGUCUUGCGGUCGGUCAUUCAGCAGGAAGCAUGAUUUAGGGCGUCACCUCAUCAGUAUCCACCGAGAUGCCUCCGUACUCCCUUCUCAUCCCUCCGCCACUAAAAAGGCAGUCGGAGUGACGAGGACUGCGAGAGCUUGGUGCGAGACAUGCGGAAAGAGUUACUUUGACAAAGAGGCAUCCUGCGGAUGCCACAGCGGGAAGUGA